AUGUACACUUUCAGGGCGGCCGUGGUCUCCACCUCCAGCUCGGGUCUGCCCCUAUUUUCCGAUUGCCGUGCUCCCCGCCACCGCCGACGCGGAUCUGUGGACCCCUCGUGGAAAACAGUGGGCUCUCGCAGGGGUAGUACGAAGAUUGCGUGCGCUUGCUCCGCGCCGCCGAGAAGCUGGGAUGAUGGGCUCCCCUCUCUCGAAAGCAAUGUGAGUUCUCCGAAGAUCCGAUUGUUCUAACAUCGUGUUUAGUAACUCUGCCUAGAUGAAUUCGGGUUUUAUGUUCUCGUUGCAAGUAUGGAUGAAAUAUUCGAUCGAUAAAGGAGAACGCCAUAGUUUUAUGAGAUACCAGGUUCUAGCACCCCAUGUCACUCUUUGGUGCUAUAUCGGUAUGCUCUCAUCCAUAAACUUGGCGUGAAUUAUCGUGCCUAUUAAGUGUAUUUAAUAUAUCACCAUAAUAAUAGAUUUUAUUGGCUCCGAUCCUACUAAGGCUGCUUCAAUUUUCCUCGUGAUUAUUACGUUUGCCAAGUUUCUAAUCAGAAACUCUUCGAACCCUGACAUAUUACGGAGGAUCAUGUUAUUCUUUCGAAUGAAUAUGAAGUAUCUAGAGCUGUCAAAGCAUCAAUUAUUUUCAUAUAAUAUGUUUAAAAAUAUGACCCCGAUUGGCACCAAGUAGACAUAUACCAAGUUCUUGCUACUUUUCACUUGCUAUCUCUUAUAAGCCAUCUCCCACUGAUGGACAUUCUGGGCCGUUACUCUUGGUUCUUUUCCAUUUAGUGGGAUGCCAAGGAUUAAUGGUUUUUGUUAUCUGCACAGGGCUUGCCAUUGUCUGAGAAAACGAGGAUAAACGAAGAGAUUGAUAAUAACUCUGACAUACUUAUUGAGUGUCGAGAUGUUCACAAAUCUUUUGGAGAGAAGGAAAUUUUGAAAGGCGUGAGCUUCAAGGUAAGUUCAAUGUUUUUCAAUUAUGCAUUUUCUCUUAAAAUCACCUAUGCGAGGCCACGCUAUGUGAACUGAUCAGUACCAUGCAGCACAUACGUCUUUUGCCAUGGAAUUAUAAUCUCUUACAUCGAACAAUAAAAAAAUAACGACACAAGAAAAUAGGUGGAACCACCAGUAUAGGACAGGAUAUGUCACAGCUAUGUGACCAUGUACACCAUACUCGCCUUGUAAUUUUAAUUUUUUUGAUUGGCUAGGGUAAAAUCCAGAUAUGGAGCAUACUUUCUCUAUUUUUGUUUUAGGAUUAUACAUUUCCUUUGUUCCUCAACUUAUUUGACUUCUCUUUUUGCCCUCACCUUCUUUUUGUUUUUUCUUAGGCUUGCUGUGUAUGUUUUCUCAACCUUUAUUUUCACCAUCUGUUUGGCAUACCCUUUUCCACUGAUCUCCAAGCAGUAUCAUUAUCUUUAAUAGAUAUCAGACCAUUCUGUUCUGGCAGCUUUCUUUUGCGCGUCCUUGUCUCUUUCGUUUCUAAUGAUAACUGACCAUUUCUCCCUUUUGUAAUUGUUCUGAUAGUAGUGUUUCCAUGCUUUUAUCUACUUGCAAACCGAGUGAUCUGAGUUCAAAUUAGACAACCAACAGAUUCUCUCGUUUACAAACUUAGGUCAGGUAGUAACCUAAAAAUAUAGUGCAGAGGUUGAGUUCUUCAUCAGAUCUAGCUUGUGGUCAUUUAAGUACCAACUGGAGUUCUCUGGGAUGUAUGAAGGGUUUUGGGCUGCUUGUGAUAUAUGAUCAUCCUACCUGUCUGGCGAAGAUAUGAUGGACUGGUCUGUUCGGAUACCAUUGGCAUAUUUUGACUUCGUUUAGUUUUAUGUCAGUACUAGGCACAUCUCUGCAAUGGUGACAGAGAUUAUAUUUAUCUGCUCUUGGUACUGGGUGGAUUAUGAUCUUGUCCAACAGCUUCUGGUUGAGAUCAGUCAUUUUUUAUUUCUUUAUUCCAUGCGUGGAGGACAAUAGUAACAUCCUUGAUAUUUAAUUCAUAAAGAGUUUGGACCUAUGAUUUCAUGCAUCUGUACUUCAGAACUAAUCGAAACUAGGGCUUCGCAUACUUAACCUAGUGAAUGAGCUGUGUGAGAUACCAAAAGUAUAACAGUACAUUUAUUAUGGGAAUCUUGAAAUUCAGGUUCGCAUUGAGGCCCAAGAAGAGAACAAAAACGAAGAUAAACGAAUCAGCGGAGAUCAGUAAAUCAGUGGUAGAUCUAUACACAAGAGGAGAUAAAAGAAAAUGUUCUAUAUCUGAGGACCAUAUAAAGAGACGGGUUAAUGUUUUUCAAAGGCCAUAUUAAUCACAGAACUGAGAACAUAACAUUGUGUAUGGUGACUGUUCAUAAACAGCAUAGCAGUCAGACAAAAGUAUGGCCUAAUUGGUUGAUGAGAGGUUUUAAAAAGGAUACAGAAUCGCCUUUCUCUUCAUAACGUGGAAUUAAGAAAAAUAAUUCCAUAUUUUUGUUACUAAAAAUGUCUUAAAAUAUCAUUUUUUAUUUAAUAUCCGAUGACUAACGUAAUGUAGAUUUAUUUUAUUUUAUUAUAUUUCCUUCUUUAUGAUGCUGUGUGGGACUUCAUAGAUAGGUUACACAUUUUAUUGAUAUGAGAUAGUCAAAUAGUAUUUGCUUCUGUUAUUCAUCCUUACAGUGUCGGAGCUAAUAUAUUUAUUCGUUCAGCAGAACUUGUAGUCAUUAUUCUUCAUCAAAAUUCUAUUUUGAUAUGAUUGACCGCUGAAGAAUUGUUAUUUCUUAAUCCUCACUUCCCCACAUCUAAAAAAGGAUCAUAGGUUCACUUGUUACCAACUUUCUUAUUGGCAUUUGUAUCCCCAGAUCAGACAUGGAGAAGCUGUUGGUAUAAUCGGGCCUUCUGGCACUGGAAAAUCAACUAUUCUAAAAGUUAUUGCUGGACUUCUUGCUCCAGAUAAGGUAGCGGAAAUUUGAUAUUGCAAGUCUUUUUUGUCUGUUUCUUGUUUAUCCUUAAAAGUUAUCAUUUUUCUUUUAGUUUUAUAGAUCACCAUGAAUUUUCUCCCUUAAUGCACAGGGUGAAGUGCUUAUCUGUGGCAAAAAAAGGGAGGGUCUGGUUGGUGAUGAGGACGAGGAUAUUUCUGGCCUUCGAAUUGGCUUGGUGAGGCACAGACUUCUUGAUAAUUUAUGAUCUCAUGAAGAUCUAUCCUAAAAAUAGCUGGAAUUUCGACGAUUGGAUCUUUGCUUACUAACUUGGAUAAUAUGAUUGCUCCAAUUUUUCAUACUGUAUCCUUCUGAACAUAUUAAAAUCAACCAGGUUACAUGGUUAAACCUUCCUGGAGAGAAGAUCAGUUUUAAAUGGUUUUUGUUAGUCAUGAUCUCCAGUAUGUUUAAAGAUCUGCCGAAGCACAUAAUUAAAUAUUUUUAAAUGGAAUGUGCCAAUUUAAGAGGGUUUUGAUCGUAAAAAAUUUAUAUGAGCUGUUGUCUAGUGGGUUGCUAUCCAACUCUGUUUCAAUAGGGCUUUGAUUCUGGACGUAGUAUAGUUUAUUGUUUUUUCCAAGCCUGACCAACUUUGCAGAGAAAGUCGCCGAUCUUAAACUCCAAACGAAAUUAGUGUUUACACAGUUUUUUUUUCUCCAUAACUCUUUUUAAGAUUGAUUUUCUUAAGUGUAGUCAUAGAUGAAUAAAUACUUCUUUUUGCAGUACUUUCGUUCAUCUUCUGAAUACCAACCUUAUGUGAGGCAGUUGGUGUGCAACUCAGGUUUGCUCGCUAAGGACCUAGAUUGACAUCCUAAGUGCUUGAAAAUGUGGGUGAGAUCGGUGUGGAGGGUUUAGUGCGUCCAUGAGAAUUCCACAUUAUGAGAAGUAGCAGUGUCCUAGCAUAUCCAUACAGGCCAAAAACAAAUUUGGUUCCUUGUUGUGUCAUCGAUUCGUUUUCAGACAGUCUAAAGAUGAAUAACGAACCAGAGAGAUUCUGUAACUCCUGGAGAUUAGUUCUUCUAGUGUACACAUUUGUAAUUGUCGAUUAGUUGAGUGGGAAUGUGGUAAAAAAAGUAAGACCCAUCUGAUUAGAAAUUGUAAUCAUUCUCUUUUUUCCUUCUAAGUGGGUAGAAAGAUGAUAUGUAAAAGGAAAUCUUGUUGUUCUAACCUCUCAGAAUUUCUUGGUUGCAUUCCAGGGCAACCCAGCCUGGGUAGUGCUUAAAUUACCACCAGCAUGUCUGCAAAACCCUAAACAAAGGAUAUUGUUGGUCAUACUGACUUAUUGCUUUUCUUUUUCUCCACGCUUACAGGUCUUCCAAAGUGCGGCUCUUUUUGAUUCUUUAACAGUCCGAGAAAAUGUUGGCUUUCUUUUGUAAGAUUCUGAAGUUUGCAUGAAAACAUUUAAUGUUCCCUCUUUCACAGGUAAAUCUUUUCUCAUGAAAUGAUAUUGACUAUGAUUUAAUCUCUCCGUCUGUUCAUUAGGUAUGAGAAGUCAAAGAUGCAAGAAGCUCGGAUAGAAGAACUUGUGAGAGAAAAUUUGGCAGCUGUUGGACUGAAGGUUUGCAUAUUGGUUUUUCGAAUAGCGUAUCUUAUUCCAGUGCUUAUGUUGUUAUAAUGAAUAGUUCCCAAGAUAUCAACGGGUAUCCAUCUAAAAAAAGGCAGAGCCUUUAUGUGUAAAUAGUUAACAUACUGACAAACCAAUAUGCCCAUGAAAGGGUGUAACGAGGCCUAGGGUGAAUCAAUUUACCUUCUGCUUGUAGGUGUUAGAAGUAUUUAAAAGUAGUGAUCUAAUACAAGCUAACAAGUUAUUUAUGGUUUUACUUGAAAUAUAUGAAAAAGUUGUUGUGGAGUGCGUCUGUGUUAUCUAGUGAGCAGUGGAAGGUACUCAUAGCUUUUGUGUGGUGGAUGUGCUGAGUGACAUCUUAGAUGAACCUGGCUUCGUAGAUCAGUCCCUUUUCUUGUAAACUUUCCAGUACUAUAAGCUAGAUAAAGGGGAGCAUCUUAGAUAUCCUUGCUCUUGUUUGAAAUUCGAUCUUAAUGAGAUAGCCUCUUAUUUCUUCCAUUUUAUGAUUAUCUUCCUUUUUUCUCCGUUUGGAAGGUGGUGGGCAUUGUGCCAAAUAUACACUAUCAAAUAAAUCAUUCAAGAAUGUCUUUGUCCGCCGGUUAUAAAUCAAAACAGAAAAUUUCGUCUUUCUCCGGCAAUUAUGACUUUGCUGCCUCUAUAACGUUGAAAACUAAUGUUGAUGUUUGCAUAUCAUGGAAAACAUUAUCUCACUAAUUUAGAUUUCAGAUUGAUCCAUUCCAUUCCUCCUUUAGUUCAAGUUGUUAUAUCAUUCCAGAACUGCCUACAAACAAUUUGAACCAAUUUUUGACUUACUCAAACCUCAUUGUGCUGAAACCGAUCUUUCUCCAAUAAAUGUAUUUUUUUUAUUUUCUUCUGGAAUCAAUCAAUAUCUCCCUUUGUGUUUUUUGCUAUUUUUUGCUAAAAUGAAUUGAUAUCAGUGCAGCCAACUAUAAUACCUAAGGACUGGUCAGUUGUAGGCCUAAGAUCUCUCUAAGACUAUUUGUAGAGAGAUGUGUAAACUAGUCGUAGUUCGGCUUAUGACAAACGUUCAUAGAUUGGACUCAUCCAAGCCUUCCUGCAUCAAUUAUGGCUUUGGUUUACAUCAGAUAAAAGAGUUUGGGACUCGACUAUUUUUCCAGUUUGCAAUUUUUGGUAACCUGUAGUUACCUUCUCCACGUCUGAAUUCUUGGUAACUUGGGGUUCCUAAAUAGCACAUGUUUUGAAAUUGUAUUAUUAAAGUGUCGAUUAGCCACGUCCAUCCAAUGGAACAAGGAUUUGAGGUGUUUCUUGACGAUGACGGCUCAGUCUAAUGGGAGAGACAAAUUUGGUGUAACAUUGAAGAUCAUUCUCAAAUAAUACUUUUAAAAGAAAGUCGUCAUGAUUGUUAUCAUUUCUAUGCGCUUGGGGCAGACAGCCCCAGUAUACCAGUGGAAAUGGAUUCCUUGAUUCUCCAUCAUAUUAAAUACAAAGAGACAAGAAUAAUACACCCCCUCCCCCCCUCUUGGCUCCGGUUCCACUUCUCCGCUAACAAUCUGUUUGUCUUCAGUUCUUAAGUUUCCUGCAGCUAUUUUCCCAAAGAUUAAUGAUGAAAUUUAUUCAAACGUGUCAAUAUUUGUCCAUCUCUUCAUUACUUAAUUGGCCAUCUUUCAUGAUUAAGACGUGUCAAUGUUUUGAUUAGUGAUGCAACAACGACCCAUGUAAAAUUGUGCUGGAUAAAAUGUCUGUUGCCACCUCAUCUAGGGGAUAUCCUUUGGCACAUCAUACAUAAUAUCCCAUCAUUACAUAUAGCGUGACUCAAUUUUUCUUUUUAAGGGUUCAUUUAUCUCUUGUAAAUCUAUUAUUACCCAAGUACUGUUGUUUCCACCAAUCACUUGACAAAAUGCCGAUGUGGCAUCGUGCAGGGGGUGGGAGAGCUCAUGCCUUCUGAACUGUCUGGUGGAAUGAAGAAACGGGUAGCAUUGGCUCGCUCUCUAAUAUUCGAUGAUACCCAGGAGGCAGAAGUACCAGAGGUAUACUGUGCAUGCUGAUUUGGCGUUGUUUGUAUACAUAUUCAACUUAGUAGAGUACUUUGAUCUCGUUUCUCCUUGUUUCUGCUCUUUUACUGGAGAAAUUUUGAUUAGGGUUUUCAAUGUCUUCCUCUCUGCCUUCCCUGAAUCAGCAUUCAGGAACAAUCUAGAUAUUAAGCUCUUCCGGACCUUAGAUAUUUUCAUUUCUGAGAAAAAAAAUGUCAGCCUCCCCGCUUCAUUUGUGUGUCUUUUUCCACUGUGGAGGACUGACUAUUCGACUAAAGACAAGGCCCUCUCUCUCUCUUUCUCUCCCUCUCUCUCUCUCCUGAUUAAUCUGCAACUUCUCUUUCGCCAUAAGCUGCUCCUUCCAUUGCUCACCCGGCGCUGUGCCUCUUGGGACAGGUUCUCCUGUAUGAUGAACCCACUGCAGGUCUUGAUCCCAUCGCCUCCACUGUCGUCGAGGAUCUGAUACGUUCGGUGCACUUUAAAGGAAAAGAUGCUCUUGGGGAGCCCGGGAAGAUCGCAUCAUACGUGGUCGUCACCCAUCAGCACAGCACAAUACGGAGAGCAGUCGACAGGUACGUGAAGAGCCCUGAUUUUCCUCACGGGCUCGCCAUUCUUCCUCAACUGAGGGCAGUUGACUUCAUUCCACAGGUUGGUGUUCCUCUACGACGGGAGGGUCGUCUGGGAAGGGAUGACCCAUGAGUUCACCUCCUCCACGAACCCCAUCGUCAGACAGGUAACACCUUCAGGGGAUUCCUCCUCCGUCACUCAACGAGUCAGAAAUUCUCAGACUGGGGUUCUUUUUCUUGGCGUUGACUUUGCAGUUUGCGUCGGGGAGCUUGGAGGGGCCCAUCGGAUAUUAA